GCUUCAUAGAUGAUAUCUCGGCCUCUCAUCACUUCUUAUGGGUUUUUCUCAUUGAUCACAAGAUCCAGAACUUUCUGUGUAAUUGUCUCUUUCUUUCUCCAUCUGUUGUUGUUUCUAUUAGCAGCCGCCAUUUCUCAUCGUCUCCUCUUCUUCCCUUCAGGUUUCUCCAACCCAGGAUCCUCUGCUGAUAUCUUCUAUAAAAGAGAAUUCUUCUGGAUGACCCAUCAACCAUGGAGAGAAACAGGAACAAGAUGGCCGACAGGAUCAUAAACCUCACCCUACAGAUACUCUUCCAGCUUACUGGAGAGGAUUACACAGUAGUGAAGAAGUCCUCUAGUGGGCGCUGUCGGGCCCCUGUGUGUGAAGGAUGGGGAAGAACCCUGAGCCCAAUCCCGGGGCCCCCACCUCACUCCCUGAUACAUGAGGAAAUGGAAGAACAGAAGAUCCUAGAACUCAUCAACAAGAUGAUGGAGCUGCUGACUGCAGAGGUUCCUAUAAGGUGUCAGGACGUGGCGGUCUAUUUCUCCAUGGAGGAGUGGGAGUAUGUAGAAGGACACAAGGAUCAGUACAAGGAUCAGGUCAUGAUGGAGGAUCAGCAGCCCCUCACAUCACCAGUCAGAUCCAGUAAGAGAACAGCACCAGAGAGGUGUCCCCGUCUGCUAGAGGAGCAAUAUAUGGAGGACGUUACUACAGGGAAAGAUCAGAUCUAUAUUAAUGCUACAGACAUAAAGGAAGACGAAGAGACAGAUGUGAGCAGUGAUAAGCAGUAUAAGGAGGACAUUCCUACAGGGAAAGAUCUGAUCUAUAUUAAUGCUAUAGACAUAAAGGAAGAAGAAGAGACAGAUGUGAGCGGUGAUGAGCAGUAUAAGGAGGACAUUCCUACAGAUGACUGUACCAGGAGAUCAGAGGAGAAUCUUAUAUCUUCAGAUUAUAAAGCAGAUGAUGAUAUCACACAAGAUACAUAUGAAGAACAUUCCAUUAUCCCAGAUACACCCUCAGCCCUUCACAGCCAAGAUCUGUCAUCUCAUCCUGUUAUACAAGUCCGACCUAAAGAUUCAUCACAGGCUGUUACGCGAAAUAAAAGACACAGAAGGAAGGAUGGACAUCAAAAGGCUAAUGUAGCGGAAAAGCCAUUGUCAUGUUCAGAAUGUGGGAAAUGUUUUACUUACAAAUCAGAACUUGUUAGACAUCAAAGAUAUCACACAGGGGAGAAGCCAUUUUCAUGUUCAGACUGUGGAAAACGUUUUGCAUUAAAAUCAAACCUUAUUGCACAUCAAAAAGUUCACAUAGGAAAAAAGCCAUUUUCAUGUUCAGAAUGUGGAAAAUGUUUUACUCAGAAAUCAUAUCUUAUGGAACAUCAAAGAAUUCACACAGGCGAGAAGCUAUUUGUAUGUUCAGAAUGUGGUAAAUGUUUUACUCAGAAAACACAUCUCAUUAGACAUCAAAGAAUUCACACAGGGGAGAAGCCAUAUGCAUGUUUAGAAUGUGAAAAAUGUUUCACUCAGAAAUCAGAUCUUGUUUACCAUCAAAAUGCUCACACAGGGGCUAAGCCAUUUUUAUGCCUAGAAUGUGGGAAAUGUUUUACUCAGAAAUCAAAGCUUGUUCAACAUCAAAGAAUUCACACAGGAGAGAAGCCAUUUUCAUGUUCAGAAUGUGGAAAAUGUUUUGCUCGAAAAUCUUCUUUCGGUCAACAUCAAAAAACUCACACAUUGGAAAAUCUGUUUUCAUGCCCAGAAUGUGGAAAAUGUUUUGCUGCAAAGGCUAGUCUUGUUGACCAUCUACGAAUUCACACAGGAGAGAAGCCAUUCUUAUGCCAAGAAUGUGGAAAACGUUUUACUAAGAAAUCAAAUCUUAUUCUACAUCAAAACGUUCACAGAGAGAAGACAUUUUCAUGUUCAGAAUGUGGGAAAUGUUUUUCUCAGAAAUCAAAUCUUGUCAAACAUCAAAGAAUUCACACAGGAGAGAAGCCGUAUGCAUGUUUAGAAUGUGGGAAAUGUUUUACUCAGAAAUCAGAUCUUGUUCAUCAUCAAAAUGCUCACAAAGGGGUGAAGCCAUUUUUAUGCCUGGAAUGUGGAAAAUGUUUUAAUAGAAAAUCAUUUCUUAUUAUACAUCAGAAAGUGCACACCGGAGAAAAGCCAUUUUCAUGUGUAGAAUGUGGGAAAUGUUUUACUCAGAAACCACAUCUUGUUCAACAUCAAAAAACUCACACAGGAGAGAAGCCAUUUUCAUGUUCAGAAUGUGGGAAAUGUUUUUCUCAGAAAUCAGAUCUUCUUCAUCAUCAAAAAACUCACACAGGAGAGAAGCCGUUUUCAUGUCCGGAAUGUGGGAAAUGUUUUUCUUGGAAAUCAGUUCUUAUUAAACAUCAAAAAGUUCACUCACAAUUUUCAUGUGUAUAAUAUGGAAAACGUUACUCACAGGGGAGAGAAGCCAUUUUCAUGUUCAGAAUGUGGAAAUGUCUUACCCCAAAACAAAGUUUUGUUACAAAUCAGAGAAUUCACAUGUGGAGAAGCCAUUUUUAUGUCUAGAAUGUGAAAAAUAUUUUAUUUAGAAAGAAAAACAUCAAAAAACACACAGGAGAGAAGCCAAUUUAGAGCACGUAAUGAUGUUUAAAAAAUAUCUGACAAUACUAGCAAAUUUCCAGUAUCUAAAAAGCGAAUAAAAUCCAGAUAACACAUCUAUGUAUUAUCCGUGUGUAUAGAAUAUUUGGUGUAUAUAUAAAUAUAUAUACACUCAUUGACAAGCCAUGAGAGGGGACACUUGUGCCCGCAGGAUGUCCUGCACAUAUCACUGAGCUGUUAGUGUCCCUCACUACUAGGGGUGACCGACUGUCAUAUGUGAUGUCCCCCCAGAUCAUCACACCAGUAGGGGGCAGUGUGUAACUCCAAAGGCAGGACUGAAGCGCUCACCACAAGGCCUCCAUACUCCAACCCGAUCAUUGUCAGAUCCCAAACAGAUCCUGGAUUCAUCACUAAAGAGAAUAUGGUUCCAGUCUGUAACAGUCCAGGUUUCUGGUCCAUAACAUCACUGCAGAUGAAGGUGACGGGGGCUGCUGUCAAUGGCCAGACACGUAAUGGGCACCGAGACACCACAUUUACUUCUGCUAAGUGCCUGGAAAGGGUCCGGGCAGAGACGAGUGUAAUGAAGGGGCCACCUGUGUCUGGAUGGUGGACAAGGAAACUGUGGGAGCCGCUCACACUUAUCGGUGGAUCACAAAAUCCUCUCUACUAGUGAUCUGGGCCGUUGGCAGCCUGUUCGCUGUGUGUGCCCUCAUGUAACCUUUGCUCCCAAUGUUUUCUAAAAUGCUGAGUUUUGUAUAUUUACAGUAUGUAUAUAUUGUAAGACAAUCAUUAUAUUUUCCCAAGGUACUUUUGUGGUCUUCUGUUGAACACCAAGUUCCAGUAAGCACUUGUCUCGUCCAAUAGAAGCUGGGUGAGUUAUGGGGAAUCCAGGAGAUUAAUAAAUCUCUGACAAGAUUAAGCUUGCUAUGUGAUUUUAGUAAGUCCUAUUUUUGGCCUGUAUUUUUAUAGAAUGAAAGGCAAGUUGGUAGUUGGGAAUUUCAUACUGCUUCCUGGGCCACUCCAGGUUUUCAGAUGAGCCCAGAUCAGCACAGGUGCUGGACACAGCUCAUUACUGGGCUAUAAGAAUAGCUGAGAGUCAGUCUGCCUUGUGAGGCCAUGUGGGUAACUUGACCUGAAGUCCUUAGGUCUGCUGGCCUCUCCUGGGACUAUUGUCAGUUGUGUGAGGUAACACAUUUAAAAUUUGUUUUGUCGGGUGGCUGGUAGUAAGCCACUUGUAUAGUGAUAUCAGAAUGAACAGUAAGUGCUUGGACAAGUUUUGUUUUGUUCUAUGCCAGUGGUAAUACAGCUGUACAUUAUUGUUUUGGACAAUACAAUAAAGAGCAGGAGAAGCCCUGCAUUAUAAUUGUCUCUGUCUCGGACUGGGGAUUUAUGCCAUUUGCCCAUCCUUACUGA